CAUAAAAAAAAGUCGUCUGCACGGGAGAGCACUUUGACGAACGACAAGACGCAUUAGCCUCCUUUUGACAUGACAACAGUUAAGAAGGGAAAAGGGGGACCCAUACACAGUUGCAAGUCUGUUACUUCCCUUACAUCAGCAGACGUCAUCUCCUCGCCUGACAACAUGAAAAACUGGCUCUUCGUGCUCGUGUUCUGUCUGACUUUCUUCACCGUUGCUGAGGGCGCCACUUAUUUCUUCCGCGAAUCCUGUCCGGUCGGCUAUUCUCCGGGUGAUACUUGGCCGUUGGAGGAAUGUGGCCAGUGUCUUUGUGAGGAGAGUGGAUUUCAGUGCAGCGACUGUGGAGUCAUGCAGUUGCAAGAUUUCCCAGGGUGUUACUAUGAUGAAAACAACAACGUCAGCAAGUACCCCGAUUGCUGUUUCCGGGAACUGAAAUGCCGUGGGGACGAGGAUUUUGAGGAAGAGAAAUACUCCAGGGUGAGGUACCACAACUCAAAGACAUUAGGCGAGGAUGAAAAACCAGAUAAAGAACAACAAUAGCUGGAAUAUUAAGCAGAAAGAACAUCUUCUGUAAAGGGCCCUCUACUCUCAUUCACUUCAACAGUGAUGGAAAGAUUUGAACAAAGAAAGAAAAGCAGUAUGGAAUAAGAAGUUACCUGAAAUCAUUCAUGCACCAACAUUCUCUACUGAAAGCAAAAUGGUUAAUUCCGAUAUAUCGUACGUUACAAUCAGCUGUACACGGAUGAUAACUCAGCGUUUCUAGCAUGCCAGAGUUAUGUGCCAUGACUUUAUUAGAUAUUAUCCACUCUAAGUAUAACAGUAACUUUAAAAACAAAGAUUGUAGUGGCAUCCAUAGCGUGUUUCCAACGUGAUCAACACGAGACCAGACGUUAUUGUAGGCCUCAACACUGGACCUGCGACGUCACAGCCUGUGGGCAGUGGAGACCAAUAGCUCGUGCCACAUCAUACAGACCUGUGACGUGGCAACCAGUUUUUGAUCUCUACUGCCCAUUGGUUGUGACGUUGCAGGACAGGGUUCAGGCCUUCGAUGACGAUUGGACUCGAUCAAUAGCAGUGACUCCAUCUCCCCCCUUUCCCUUUCAAACAAUAAACUGUAGAAACUA